AUGGCUUCGUUGGACAACGGGAAUCUGGAAUUCGAGGACCCUUUUUUCUCUCUCCCCGCCUUCGGGUGCUUCUUCACUGACAGUGCAACGGCAGCUGCUGGUUACUAUCCCGGUUCUCAAGCACUCGCAGGCGAGAAGCACGCGAGGGAAACGCUCGAGAGAGAAACGUUAGAGAGUGAAACGCUUGAACAGCAGAUGCAUGAGGGGAGGCAGAGCCAUGAGCGGGAGACGACGCAUGAGAGGGAGAGGCAUGAGGGGGAGAAUAGGUCGUCAAUGUCGAACAAGAAGAGCCGCCUGAGACAGCAGUCGGCCAUUCUGCAACGACGAGGACGCAAUGCGGAAUCCGCUCGAGACCUCCCUCCCCCUGCCACUCCUGCCACUGCUACUACUAAAACUGCAACUACCGGCACUCAGGGCGGGUCUGGCAGUCUAAGUAGUGCUGUCCCUCCAGCGACUGAGGGGAAGGCAGCAAUAAGGCAGCGGGGAGGCGGCGUGAGCAGCCAGAGGAGCUCCAUCUACCGCGGAGUGACACGGCACCGCUGGACAGGGCGCUACGAGGCUCACCUGUGGGAUAACUCAUGCCCCAAGGAGGGCACCAACAAGCGAGGCCGACAAGUCUACUUGGGAGGGUAUGACGACGAUGAGACAGCUGCCAGGGCGUACGACCUUGCUGCUCUCAAGUACUGGGGACCCACUGCUGCUACCAACUUCCCUGUUGAGAACUAUGAGAGGGAGUUGAGAGAGAUGGAAGGGGUUUCCAAGUACGAGUAUGUCGCUUCCAUCCGUAGGAAGAGCUGUGGCUUCUCAAGGGGGGCGUCCAAGUACCGAGGAGUCACCAGGCACCAUCAGCAUGGGCGGUGGGAGGCGCGCAUAGGGCGAGUCAUGGGCAACAAGUACCUCUACCUGGGGACCUUCGCCACACAGGAGGAAGCAGCAGAGGCUUACGAUAUAGCAGCAGUCAAGUACAGAGGGCUCAAUGCCGUUACCAACUUUGACCUCAGCCGCUACAUCGACGGGCUCAGCUCUCAACCCCAUGACCCUCACAUAGCCGAGGAACCAGUGAAGGCGGAUUCUGUGGUGCAGCAGGCGAUCUCUGACCCGGUUCCCCAGUUCCUCCCGUUCCAGAGCGACCAUGCAGCUGUGUGCUUCACUCAAGCAGCGUCGGUUGACCUCAGCGCUCCCCUGCCCCUGCCCCUGCCACUGCAUUCAGCGCACAUGCUGCCAGCAUGCACACCAAACAUGGUGCCGUUGUAUAGUCAGCAGAGCAUAGAGGUGGACCAGCAUCAUCACGAUGGCAGACCACUCCCAAGCUUUGCUGCUUGCGGCAGUGCGGGCCCGUGCCGUCCGCGCGCAGAUGGCGCGACAGAAACAGCGCAUGCGCGAGACGACCAGAUUAUAGCGGAAAUCCCGCCGGAUCCGGCGAACUUGACGGCGGCAAUAAAUGCCCCUGCGGUUGCGGCGGCGCAGGAAGAAUUCUAUUAUGGAGCAGACGAAGCGGAGGAGGAGGACGGGAGCGAGUUUCUGGAGCGCGCGCGCAGCCUCCAGGAGGCGGAGGACGAGCGCGCGUUCGAGCCGGAGGAGCAGGUCGACGUGUCGCGCUACAGCCUGCCGCUACAGAUGCCGGGCGGCAAGGAGGACACGUUCCGCUUCUCGUGGCGGCGCUUCUGCGUGUUCGUGGGUCCCGGCUUCCUCAUGAGCAUCGCGUACCUGGACCCGGGCAACCUCGAGAGCGACCUGCAGGCAGGCGCACAGACGGGGUAUGCACUGCUCUGGAUACUCUUCUGGUCUACUGCGCUCGGCCUGCUGCUGCAGGCCAUAGCAGCGCGGGUGGGCGUGGUGACAGGGUUCCAUUUAGCGGAGCUGUGUCGAAUGGAGUACUCACCCCCCGUGCGCUGGGUGCUGUGGGGCAUGACGGAGGUGGCCAUAGUGGGGGCGGACAUUCAGGAGGUUAUAGGCUGUGCCAUCGCCCUGCGCAUCCUCAGCAGAGGGGCUAUUCCCAUCUGGACUGGGGUAUUGAUCACAGGGCUCGACAGCUUCCUGCUUUUAUUCCUGGAGAACUUUGGCAUCCGCAAGCUCGAGGCGCUCUUUGGGCUCUUCAUUGCUGUCAUGGCCGCCUCCUUCGCGCGCAUGUUCGUGGAAGCUGCGCCUGAUGCAGGGGCCAUCGCACAUGGUCUCCUAGUGCCCUCCAUACCCCUCGGAGCAACGAGCAUGGCAGUGAGCAUACUAGGAGCGGUCAUCAUGCCGCACAACAUCUUCCUCCACUCCGCCCUCGUGCAAUCACGUGCCAUCGACCGCCACUCCCCACCACGCGUCGCAGAGGCCCUACUCUACUUCACGCUGGAAUCAGCCCUCGCGCUGCUGCUCUCCUUCCUCGUCAACCUCUGUGUCGUCUCCGUCUUUGCCCGACUCUUCUAUGGGCAGCCGGGAGCAGUGGACAUCGGGCUCGACAAUGCCGCUGAGUAUCUGCAGCAAGCCUUCGGCUCAACAACCUUCCCAGUGGUGUUCAUCUGGGCAGCUGGGCUGCUAGCAGCGGGGCAGUCGUCAACCAUGACGGGCACAUACACGGGGCAGUUCGUCAUGUCGGGCUUCCUCGACCUGCACGUGCGCAAGUGGGUGCGCGUGUGCGUCACCCGCACCGUCGCCAUCGUCCCCACCAUCGCCGUCGCUCUGCUUUACACGUCUCCCGCUUCGCACGCACCGCAUGCACCACCGCAGCUGUCACCACCCUUGGUAGCACUGCCUGUGCAAGUGACAGGGGGAGCGGGUACAGUAGAAGGGACAGCAACUGCAGCAGCAACAGGAAGAUUGCUGAAAGAAGGGCUCUUCACUCCUCCCCUUCCAACCUCCUCCUUGGCCUCUGUCUUUCCUCUUUUCAUCAACACCUCCCUUCCUGCCUCCUCUUUCUCCUCACCUCUCUCCUCGAGCCUAUCGCUGCAACUUUCAACCUCUCUCCCCACCUCAUUCCCUUCCUCACUCGCAUCCCCCGCACUGACGGCAACCCCCAUGCUAGCCCUCUCCUCACUGGACGUGCUGAACCAGUGGCUCAACGUGCUGCAGUCCGUGCAGCUACCCUUUGCUGUCAUCCCCCUAUUAGCAAUCGCGUCGUCAACACACGUGAUGGGGCGAUACGCCAUCAAGGGAGCAGUCAAGGUGCUAGCGUGGGCAUCAGCAGCACUGGUAAUCACCAUCAACCUCUACCUCCUCUUUGACUUCACCACAACCAACCUCUCUCACUCCCUCUCCACAUUCCUCCUCCUCCUCCUCCUCUCCCUUCCCUACCUCCUCUUCCUCAUCCACCUCGCCCUGCACCCCCGGAGCGAGGGCUCCGAGUUCAACCAUCCCCACCGCUCCCGAUCGCACAGCACCUGCAGCAACGAACACUGCCGUCUCGCCAGCCCCACUGGGUCCAGUCAAGUAGUAGAUUGUGUAACUUGUUCUGGUCCUGCUGGUUCCGAUCAAAUGGAUGGGGGUGUAGGAGUUACUAGUGUCAGCUGUAGUGGCAGCAGCAGCGACACAAUCUUCCCCCCUCGAACUGGACGUUCCGGGAGGGGAAGUGGGCUGGGCAUGCCUUUGAUGGAUGAGAGGUUGGACGAGUAA